AUGGAGAAUAAUGAUCAGAGCCACAACCGUGAUCGGGAUGAUCAAGGUCAACGGAAAGUCGGUGUCGACCCGUGCACGCCGUCUUCGAGCCAAGAAUUAGCGGUGGCGGCGGUGGCGCCGCCAUCCAAGGCCGAGUUCCCUCUCGAGAAUUCACCCGGGUUGAGGUUCAUCCCCACCGACGAGGAGCUCAUUCUCUAUUACUUGAAGCCCAAAGUUGCGGGCGAUCCGAUUCCGGCCAGCAACUUCUUCGCCGACGUCGAUCUCUACAAGUUCGACCCCAGAACGCUCAUCGAGAACCGGAUGGGAGCGGGCAUAGAUGGGGACGAGUGGUACUUCUUCACUCUGAGGGACAGGAAGUAUCGGAACGGGUCGCGGUGGAACCGGUGCACGCCCAGCGGGGUUUGGAAGUCGUCCCGGAAGGGAAGCGUCAUCCUGGCGGAGAACAGAACAAUCGGAUACAAGACGUCAUUGGCCUUUGUGGGAAAUGACUCGAAAAGACGAAGAGACGGGACGGAUUUGAAUAUGCACGAGUAUAAAUUGGAGGAGGACAAGAAGGGGGACCGCACCAGCAUAGACGGGAAGAAGUUGGAUGAGUGGGUUCUGUGCAAGGUUUAUACGCCCAGGCGUGCAAAGCAAUCGAAGAAUCAAAGCCGGAAAAAGGCUAUUAGUCAUCUUCAAUCCGCGCCCAAUCACAAGGUCAACACGAGCCAACAAGUCGACGCGGUCCACAAUCAUCAACCGCUUCAGAGUUCUCAGAUCAGUGCGCCCAAUCACGAGCUCAACACGAGCCAGCAAGUCGACGCGGUCAACAAUCUUGGACUGCAUCAGGGUUCUCGGAUCAGUGUGCAUCUGCACGUUCCACGGGUGGUCCCACAAGUCGACACGGUCAAUAAUGGACUGCAUUCAGGGCUCUCGGCAAUGGGCUCCUCCUGCAUCUGCACGUUCCACGGGUGGUCCCACAGGCCACGAGUCUCGGGCCUCCUAUUCGGCAGCUCACUGGCAAUCCUCCUCCUGCAUCGCAUCCGAGCGGAAGCUCUUCCUUUCUGGUGUAUAACUUGGACGAUUUCAUCGGCACCAACCCAUAUCAUCCGUCGCCGCAUCAUAGGUGAUCACUAUGCAAGCAAACUCUUAUGA